AUGUCUGCUGAAGGAGGGAGAGCCAAGCACGUCGUGCAGUCCAGGAUGGAGAACUUCCGAAAGGUGAGGACGUCGGAGCAGGAGAUGCCGUUGCCCUUCCCCGACCUGCCCCCGGACGUGGUGGAGAUGAAAGUGAAGGAGGGCAGCAAGAUCAGGAACCUGAUGAACUUCGCCAUGGCCCAGAUGGAGCUGAAGGGCAGGCGGCAGAUCGUGUUCAGUGGCUGCGGCAGGAGCCAGGAGCCAUCUGACGGCCCCGCACAGAACCUGACCGUCCACAAGAACGUCCCUUCCAUCUGCAUUCUGCUCUCCAGAGACCCCCUGGAUCCCACCCAGACAGGCUACCAGCCCCCGGAGCCACUGGAUGAGGCGGGAGAGGACGCGGCAGGCUCCUCUGCCAAGGGGCUGAAGCGCUUGCUGCCACCUCCCUGCGAGGAGCUGCUGCCCAAGAAGCUGCAGGUACAGGUGAAUGACAGCCCAAGGGGCUCGGGGAGCACCCAUGGCCAGCAGGACCAUUGA